GUGCAUCAUGGCGGUGCAAGGAAGAAAGUAGAGCAGGACCUUUAUGUUGUAACGAUUUAUAGUUUCUGCAUUCCCCCUCAGCUUGCAAUAUAGAGAUAUCAACGUCCUACCCGAGUAUUAGUUUUAAUUUCUACGCACGGGCACGGAGCUUGUUGGGAAAAUACGAGCGUUUGGUUUGGUGCUUGCUUUGCUAGUGUGCUCCGUGAGAAGUUCAGAGAUGUGCACACAGACGAAGGCGGCAGCUCUCAUGGCCAACAUACCGCAGGCAGACAUCGACCCGUCCGGGGUGUUUAAGUACGUCCUGAUCCGGGUGCAUAGCCGAGAAGAGGGGGAUGACUCGGAGGUGGAUAUUGUCCGGGGAUACGGCUGGGCUGAGUACCACGCUGACAUCUAUGAGAAGGUAGCGGAGGAGCUGGAAAAGGACGGCCACUUGGACUGUGAGUGUAUCGGAGGAGGGAGAAUCAAACAUGAUCCCCAGGCCAAGAAGAUCCAUGUCUACGGAUACUCCAUGGGAUUUGGAAGAGCAAACCACGCGGUGACUACUGAGAAACUGAAGGCUCGGUAUCCAGAUUAUGAGGUGACCUGGGAUAAUGAAGGCUACUGAAAUGAACUGUGACCAGCCUCUGCUUGAUGCCCUGUAUUCAUCGACUGACAGGCGUUUUCUGUAACCCUUGAUUAACAGGCAGAACACGUUAAAAACUACAGAGUCAGUUGCAGACUUCAUAAACAAAAACAGACUCAAAGGAACUCACUAAAUACCAUUAUUAGGAUAUUUUGUAUUAAUGCAACAACAACUACCCAACGCUCAUUUUUUUCAUGUUGUUUUCUCAUGUAAAACAUAUAAAGCCCUUCAUAGUGUAGUCUGUAAUUUAAUAAAUGUAAUAUUUCAUGUGGAAACAUUUUAAAUAAAUAACUGGCCGUGGCAGUUUGAUUGAC